UGUUAUUUGGCGAAAAUGAUUGUUCCAAUUUCCUCCGAUUUUGUAAAAUCGAGGACAUUCAGAAAAAAUUGGAAAAAGGAGAAAAGAAAUUUCCCCGAGGAAAUUCUAAACACAUUGCAGAUCAAAAUGAAAUUGAUCAUAGGAAUCGUCCUCUCUGCGCUGGUAGGUUCAAUGGUUUGCGAUGAUAAUAUCGAUAUAUCAAGUGCCUUUAUGGAGGUUGCUGAUACAUUUUUCUCUGACACAUUACCAAGACAUGAGAAAUUCCAAGAUACUUCAACUGAUGACAAGUCUUUCAGUGGUGUUUUGGGUCAAGCUAUAUCUGGUUUGGGAAAUUUAUUGGUAAGUGAAUCGAUCAAUCAGCAAGGGAAAAAUGAUGGUCAAAGUAGCAUUGACCUUACAAUGUUUGCACCGUUUAUGCAAUUACUUGCAUCCUCUUCAAUGGCUGCUUCAAAUCAUAUGAAAAAGAUGCCCAGCGAUCAAAAAUCGAAUACACCAGCUAUUGAUUUUGAAAGCUUUAUGAGUAUGGCAAAUAUGUUCAUUGGCUUUAAAACUGACAAAAUAGAAAGUAUCAUGGAUUUAUUGCCGAUAUUGUUACAACGUAUGAACAGUGGAGGUUUAUUCAAAGAAAAAUUAGAGGAUCAUGCCUACUCAUCUGGUUCAUGGUACUUGCCACCAGUUAUCGAAAAUCUAUACAUUGUAUGGGAACACUUGAGAAAUUCUGAAUUCGGGCGAACUUUAUGGGAAAAUAGUGGUCUUGCCUACAUCGUAAAUUCUAUGAAAGAACCAGACGGCCACAUCAAAUACGAGUUGAUUCUUGAAAGUUUUGAAAACCCCAGUGCGCGUAGACGAUGGAUAAAAUCGCUGACGACUUUUGUUGCCAACUGGAUUUCUCACAUCUCUGACCCAGCGAUUCAGCAACGCUACCUUACUACUGCACAAUUUGUCGGAAAUAGUUUUCUUAACUCACAGGGGUUCCCUCAAACUACAUUUUUUGAUGCUUCGCAACCAGCUGAAAGUUUAACCCGAAUAAUCAACGCUGCAGCAACAAAAUACCUUGAUGUUAAUUUGGAUAGCAGCAAGUAUAUUAAGCCGGCUAUUUCAUACAUACAAGAUUUAAUAAAAUUGGCAUCUAAGCAAGGUUUUAUAAUGUCUCGUGUGAAUGCUAAUGAAUUGAGCUCUCGCCUUAGCAAUACUAUAAACAAUGACAUUGUCUCUCCACUUUUGAAGACAUAUCGAGCUUACAAGUGGGCAGUAAAAGAACCACACUGUUCGACUCACAUUCUUUGUGUUAUUAAUGAAAGAGCCGCCCAUGAUAAUUCUUUAUCACUUCAAAACGGUCUCAUAAAAAUCUCAAGUUUUUCAGCUGCUUUGGCUAUAAGUCAUAACACAGGCAUUAGCUUGAGAACGCUGUACAAUGCUAUUCAAGCGAACUCAAACUGCUAUAUAAAGUAUCCAGCUGAUUGUAGUGGCUUCCAUAUGGAAGAAGUUCGAGUUACCACCGAAGCUACUCAUAGUGAAUUAUAAAAGUGAUAAUAAUGAGAAGAGCGAUACAAAUUUCAGAAACUAUAAUUUGUGUGUGUAAAUGCACGACCAAAUACAAAUGCAUUAUUUUCAAUUACUACAAUCACGUUUAUUAUAAAUACAUUGUAUUUGUUCUGCUAGAAAAAUUUGAUUCACUUUAUAUGUAUGUGCGCGUCAAACAAAAUGUUCUGAAGACAAUAAACACUUUUGUUAGAAUCCUGACAAUUUUUAUAACAAUUAAAAAUAAAGUUUCUUAUUCACAAAAAAAA